AGCUAUAAGAACCUCCAAGUCUUCAACUUUCUCCCAAUCCCAGACACCUCGAAGGGGCUCCAAGGAGGGAUCGGGAGGGAUUUUUUUUGGUUGGCGUUUUUUUUUUCCUCUUGGAUCCUGAUGCCAUCCCCCCUCCCCCCAAAGUGAGGUCCUCCCUCCCUCCCUCCCUCCCUCCUCCUCCUCCUUCUCCUCGCAGGCCAGCGAAGCAGCCGAUCAAGGGGGAGCUGGCGGGUUAGGUGCCCCCCUCUUCUCCCUGCCCUCCCCCCCCUCCCGGCCCGCUUCUCGCGUCUCCCCCCAGAGAUGAUGCAGCAGGACGAGUCAAACUCGCCAGUCUCCCCCGCCGACGACAGCUUGAGCAACAGCGAAGAGGAGCCGGACCGGCAGCAGCUGCCCAACAACAAGAGAGGGGGGCGCAAGCGGCGCUCCAGCCGCCGCAGCGCCGGCGGCGCCGUCGGGGCCGCGGACGAGCCCUGCAGCCCGGCCCAAGGCAAGCGGGGCAAGAAGUGCGGGUCGGGCGGGGGCGGCGGGGGCGGCGGCAGCAGCAGCGGCGGCGGCAGCCCCCAGUCGUACGAGGAGCUGCAGACCCAGCGGGUCAUGGCCAACGUGCGGGAGCGGCAGCGCACGCAGUCGCUGAACGAAGCCUUCGCCGCCCUGCGGAAGAUCAUCCCCACGCUGCCCUCGGACAAGCUGAGCAAGAUCCAGACCCUCAAGCUGGCGGCCAGGUACAUCGACUUCCUCUACCAGGUCUUACAGAGCGACGAGCUGGACUCCAAGAUGGCAAGCUGCAGCUAUGUGGCCCACGAGCGGCUCAGCUACGCCUUCUCGGUGUGGAGAAUGGAGGGCGCCUGGUCCAUGUCCGCAUCUCACUAGCAGGCGGCGUCCCCCACCCGCAUCCCCCCGGCAGGAGCCCUAGAUGACAUUGUUCCCACAGAAGGAGAAAAUGGACAAUCUAGAGACUCUGAAGUUGGAUACGAUUUUUUUGGUCUUGUCUAAAAAAAAAAUAUAUACCAAGGAUUUCUUGGAAAUUAGAAGAGCAAUAUCCAAAUUCAAAGCAGGGCGUGGGGAGCACUUAAGGAAAGAGAAAGAGACAAGGGCUUUGGACAGUGACUACCCUUUGGGCGUCGGUACAAUCCACACAUCUCUGCAUUCUGAUAGAAGUUUGAAUCGUUCGAUUUUUUUUUUUUUAUUUUGACGAAGAAUGUUGGAAUCUUUUUUUUUUAUUUGCCUUUUUUUUUUUUUUGCAUGCAUUCCCAAGAGGUCGUGCCUAUGAGCCACUGAUGAAAGGAAAUAGUUUAUUGUGGACUUUCUUCAUUCUUGAAUGAAACCAAACAACGAACCAAAAAUAUCCCUGUAGAGAUGAAAACCUUUUUUUUUUUUUUUUUUUUUAGGGGGGAAUAAGCUGGGGUCAAGCUGUUAUAUACCCGGUUCCUAACUUUUUUAUUAUUAUUAUUUUUCCUCUGAGAAAAAAAAUAAACAUUUUAUUUAUUUAUUGAUGACCCAUGUUAAAAUGCAAAUAGAUCCGGUGUCUAAAUGCAUUCCUAUUUUUAUGAUUGUUUUGUAAAUAUCAUUGUAUAUUAUU